AUGGAGGACGAUAUUGACCUGGUUUCGGAGGACGAAGAGGAUGCUGAUGAUGAUGUUGACAAAACUUGCCCGGUUAUCAGACUCACGAGGGAGGAGAAGGUGCGGCUGAGGAGCAAAUGGAAACAAACCCUCAUUGUGAAGGUGAUGGGUAGGAACGUUGGCUAUGCAUACCUUCUAAGGAGACUUACGGCAUUAUGGAGACCAAAGGCGAGAAUGGAGGUGGUGACUGUCGACAACGGCUACUUCUUGGUUAAGUUCGCGUCGAUAGAUGACUACGAGUUCGCGAAGUAUGGAGGACCUUGGAUGGUCCUCGACCACUAUCUCAUUGUGAAGGAAUGGGUUCCGAAUUUCGACCCCUUUACGGAUCGAACGGAGAGUAUGAUAGUAUGGAUCAGGUUUCCUUGUUUACCGGCAGAAUACUUUGAUCAUCAAUUCUUGAUGAGAGUUGGGGCGAAAAUCGGCUGGCCAAUCAACAUCGAUACAGCGACGAGCCUGGUCUCACGAGCCAGCUUUGCAAGGGUAUGUGUGGAGGUUGAUAUCACAAAACCGCUGCUAGCGAAGUUCACACUACGUAACAGGGUACGCCCGAUAGUGUAUGAAGGGCUGCACCUAAUAUGCUUCAAAUGUGGUACGUAUGGUCAUAAUGCGGAAAACUGCAGCCUAAACAGAAGCGAAGACACCAAUCCGGGCAUGAACACAGUGGAUGGCGAGACGCCGGAGAACAAUCCCGAAGCUGGUAACGGUCAUCAAGGUGGCAGAAUUGGAAAGAACAGAGGAAAUAUGGGAACUACCUUAAUUAGGCCUGAAAUCACGGAAGACUAUGGCUCAUGGAUGGUAGCCACGAAACCAAAAAGGAAUUAUUCUAGGAAUCCGGGAAACGCGAAUAAUGGAGGGGAUGUCAAUGGAAUGAAGGGUCAACAAACAAACACAAAAGGAAAGAAUUCGAAUAUGCAGCAGGGAUCACGAUUUGCUACUCUUUCCGAGAAUAUGAGCGAGGAUGGUGAGCAAACAAGGGAAGAGAACGUUAGAGAGGAGAACGUGAAAGAAUCCCAGAAUCAAGGAGCCAUAAGAUCGGGCCAUGCAAAAGGAAAAAGGCCAACGGCCCAAGUGUCGGAGAAACAAAUAAUGGGUAAUAAUAAGCAUGGUAAACAUCGUAGCCAGCCCGAAGCGGGUGAGUCUAGUACUAGGCGAUCCACCAACAAGAAAGCACAGAACACACAACCCAACCGGGCGGGAGCUGCAACAGAACACACAUUAGUCACUGGGGACAAAAAUGGGCCUACUAACGUGCAAGUCUUUGAAGAGGAACAAGGGAAUGAUACAGAAGGAUCGCAUGGGCUUGAGCUUCUAACGGAGAACCUUGAUGAUCCACCGGAUGGAACGCAGGAUGAGGAACUGGAGCCGACUGAAAGGUUCGAGGAUUGUGAGAGUCCAGCAGACAUUGGUGCGUCUGCAAUGGAGGUGGAGCAGUGA